AUGAAUGUCCUUGCUACGGGCAUCAUCAGCCAGGCUGCAACUUCACUAUUUGCACGAAUGUUUGCUUGCCUCUUGAUCACAGCCGCAGUCCUCCCCGUGGCCUUCUCGAUCCGCAAAGACUACCAGGACUUCGUAAGCGCUCCCUGGAUGGCAAAUUUCACAAUGAACUAAUCGACGGGCCUCAGCUCUCUCUCGGCCCGGGAGGCACACCUCAGACAUUCAGAGGAUAUCUCCGAAUCAAGUUCCUCGGACUGUUCGCAUUGAAAGACCCCUACGCCGCUGCCAUCUCCACUCCGGCCGAGCUCAAGUGCGCACGCGGAUGUCUGAAGGAGCUGCCAAAGCGGCAAUGGCCACGGCCCAGGACGCGAGGGAUUGCACCACACCGACAGGUCGAGCAACGCGCAUCCAAGCAGGUAUUCUACAAUCUCGCCGAGAGGAUCAAGAGUCUUGCGCCCGGGAAAGAGUACGAUCUGGUGAUCGGCACCUCGUGUUUCGAGAAGCAUGGAACGGGGCUCUUUUCGACGUGUCCCGCAAACCAGACGUGUAGGGGAGAGGUGAUUCAUGUACAUCCUUCUGAUGGGUCCAUGGUGCGUCUGCAUUGUUCUUCUCGUCCCUGAUGCUGCGGAAGCUUAACAGUGCGAAAGAAGGCUGACGAUUCGGUGUGCAGCAUAUGACACUGCAUCCAGCCGAUGCCAACAUGGUUCUCGAAUGCGGAUGGGGAGAGAGACAUCCUCUCGCGGGCGUUUUCUACGACCAAUUUCUGCCUCGGGGCUUCAUCAUGCUGUAUGCUCCGCAGAACGACGAGGAGGUGGAGGUGGUUCUGAGGGUGAUCCGAGCAGCGUGCUGGUUCGUGUGCGACGACAAUCAGAAAGGCAGAUGGAGUUUAGCAGGCGAUGGAGCAUUGAUUGAGGAGACGGCUGAGUGUGGAGCAGGCGCAGACGGGCGUGGCAACGUUCACCAAGUGGAAGAUCCGAGCCGAGCGCUGGAAAAGAUCAUUACUAAGUCACGAGAAGCCAUUCCACUGGCAGUCUGA